CCUCUGCUACUGUAAGUAAUCGAAUAGGUGCUUGCCGCUACCUUUUUUUCGAGUACUAAGUCGUGAUCGCCGUUCUAGAUGACUGCAGAGAUUAUAGAGCGAUGCGUUCGGAUACACGGGCGGGAAGCAGGCGUUUCCUUCUCUUGUACGCUUCGCAAACAGGACAGGCUGAGGCGAUAGCUCGUCGACUGAACAACGCCGCUCUAGAGCGAGGUUUCCUGCCCGAUCUGCACUGCGUGAGCGCGUUCGGCCGCGAAUUUGACCUGGCCAAAGAAGGCUGCUUCCUUCUCGUAACGUCAACGACGGAUGAAGGGUUAGUGCCUGAGAACGCCCGUCGUUUCCUACGGUACUUACGUAAGGCACCGGACGGCCUCCUGAGCGGGACCCAGUACGCCGUCCUCGGCCUCGGUGACACCAACUACAACAACUUCUGCAACGGCGCCAGGACUUUUGAAAGUCAAUUCGACGCCUUGGGCGCUACGAGAUUCUACGAGACUGGUUACGCCGACGACGCCGUCGGUUUAGAGACUGUAGUCGAACCGUGGAUCGCCGAACUGUGGAAAGCGUUGCGUGGUGCUGUGAUAUCUGGCGCUACCGCCACAACUGAAAGUCAGGAGGAGGACCCUUUGCCAUGUAGUGACUAUGGAAGACGGGAGUCUCACGAGCUCUAUCGUCGGAGAAGGUCAAAGAAGCCUGGGAACUGGAAUUCCAGCUGCCCUCACCCGAUAGUGAAACCCAGCGUCAGCUUUAAACCGGGCGACUCGUUCGGCUUUCUCUGCGUCAAUCGCGCAGCUGAAGUAACCUUCGUUAUCGAAAGGCUGGGCGUUCCCGGUAGUCGAUUGGUCGUCGUGACGCAUGCGCAGAAGGCGCGGAACAUGGACCAUCUGCCCAAAGCACCGAUUACCGUGGAAAGGCUACUGACUACUUGCUGCGACCUUAGGGGCAUCCCGAAGAAGAUAUUUUUGAGAACACUGGCCGAGUUUACUGCGGAAACGAGCGAAAAAAGGCGCCUGCUGGAGCUUAGUAGCAGAGAGGGCAGCAAGGACUAUAUGCGCUUCAUUCUUGAAGGAAGAAACACUUUCCUUGAUGUUCUGAGGGCUUUCCCGAGCUGCAAGCCCCCUCUAGCUUCCUUGUUGGAGCACUUGCCGAGGCUCCUUCCACGCUACUAUUCUGUGUGCAGCUGGUCCUCGCAGGACGGCAGUGUUCCACGUCGCUUCAGGAUACUCUACAAACGGUGCCUUGAUACCUGGAUGUGAUGAAGAGGGCCUGUGCACUGGCUGGCUAACAGACCUCGCCAGAAAAUGGCUCACACAGCGGGACAUAGUGUCCAGCAUGACGUCCUUAUCACUGAGUGACAGUGUGUGGAACAGAAUGCCCAUUUAUCUGAGAAAAAACACAAAGUUUUCACUUUCCCGAGUCACUGAGCACGCCCGGUUAUUAUGAUCGGACCAGGUUCGGGUGUGGCCCCUUUCUUUCGUACCUUCAGUGGCGUAAAGGAGCCAUGGAUCGAAGUGAUCGAUGUGAAGUUUCGGAAACCUGGUUGUUCACGGGUUUUCGGCACCGCCAUUUGGACUUUUUAUAUGAAGACGAACUCUGCGAACUUGUAAAGCAAAAUGUGUUGUCGAAGCUGGUAGUUUCAUUCUCGAGAGAUGCUGGUGGCGGGGACGCUGUCGAGAACCCCGAGACGAAGCACAGUAGUGAAGAUGAACUGAAUGAGGAAGAUGUAAGCUG